CCCAUGUUUUGAGCCCAUUUGGAGCUGUUCUUUUCUAAGCCCCAGAAUCUUGUUUUUAGUCUUUUAGGCAAACUCGGUUCUCGUUCUCGAGCUACUUUUUCCGGAGUUCUCGCGAGAUCUGCAGACUGACUCGAGAACUGACUUGAGAGCCGGUACCUCCUAGCAGCUCGACUUGGCCUUAUCCUAAAGUGAGCUGAACGCUGACAGGCUCUGGAAUUCUGGCAGCGAUGGAUGAGGACUUGGUUUUGGCACUGCGGCUUCAAGAAGAGUGGAACUUGCAGGUCGCGGAGCGCCCUCACACUCAGGAGCCCUUGUCGCUGGUGGACGCGUCUUGGGAGUUGGUGGAUCCCACCCCGGAUUUGCAGGCCCUGUUUCUGCAGUUCAAUGAUCAGUUCUUCUGGGGCCAGCUGGAGGCAGUCGAAGUGAAGUGGAGCGCGCGAAUGACCCUGUGUGCUGGCAUAUGCAGCUAUGAAGGAAGAGGUGGAAUGUGUUCCAUCCGCCUCAGUGAACCCCUUCUGAAGUUGAGACCAAGGAAAGAUCUUGUAGAGACACUAUUGCAUGAAAUGAUACAUGCGUAUUUAUUUGUUACAAAUAAUGAUAAAGACCGGGAAGGGCAUGGUCCAGAGUUUUGUAAGCAUAUGCAUCGCAUCAAUCGUCUGACUGGAGCCAAUAUUACGAUAUACCAUACUUUCCAUGAUGAAGUGGAUGAAUAUCGGCGACACUGGUGGCGCUGUGAUGGGCCAUGUCAGCACAGAAAACCUUAUUAUGGCUAUGUCAAACGUGCUACUAACAGGGCACCCUCUGCUCAUGACUAUUGGUGGGCUGAACACCAGAAAACCUGUGGAGGCACUUUUAUAAAAAUCAAAGAACCAGAGAACUACACAAAGAAAGGCAAAGGAAAGACAAAACUAGGAAACAACUCAGUACCAACUGCAGAGACUAAAGAUCAAUCAAACAGAACCAAGACACAGCUGUUAAUUCCUUUCAGUGGGAAAGGAUAUGUUCUAGGAGAAACGAGCAGUGCACCUUCAUCUGGGAGAUUUAUCACUUUAAAUGCUAUUAAUAAUAACCAAGAUAUUUUAAAUCAAGAUAAUUCAACAAAUAUUCUAAGACCUAAUUUUAAAUCUGAGGCGAAGUUUGAACAGAAUGAUUCAAGUAAAAAAACUCCAUUAGUCUCCCUUGUUCGUAGUUCCAGCCACCAAAAUGGUAUAAAUAACUACUUUCCUAAAAUAUCAGUUGCCAACCAAAAGGCUUUCAGAAAUAUGAAUAGAUCUCCAAUGGAAAGUGGAAUAACUGUGGACAUCACUAAAAAAUCCUCUACUCCUCAAAGAAGGCCACCAUCUUCUAAGAUAUCUCUUAAAAAUUCUUUAAAAGCAGUGGAAUUGACAUCUGUAACUGCAUCUCAGAACAUGAGUAGGCCGCCUGAAGAUAAAGUUCCAAGUAAACGGCGCAGACUAGAAGAUAAAACUAUUUUAGACAAUUUUCUUAUCAAGAAAGAACAAUUACCAAGUGGUGGUAAUCCAAACAGUAGUUUACAUCCUGCAGUGGCAACUCAGAAUUCCAGUGGUUCGUCCAGUCAGAGCAAAAUGGUGAAUUGUCCUGUUUGUCAGAAUGAAGUUUCAGAAUCUCAAAUUAAUGAACACUUAGAUUGGUGCCUUCAAGGUGAAAAUAUCAAAAUCAAAAGCUGAAAAAAAACUUUGAAAAUAAUGGGUUUCACAUAAAUAUUACCUCACUUGGUGUAAUGAGUCAGCCCUCAGGAAUUUCUGGCUAGUACUAAGUUUGUAUGUUAUAAUCUAGUUUAUAUAACCGAUACAAAAUAUUGUUUUAUAUAUGCUUAUAUGAGAUUGUAAUUAAAAAUAUUUUGUCUAAAGGUGCUAUAUUUACUCUUGCCUUACAAGUACUGUAGCUAUUCUGCAUAUACAUGUUUAAUUUUUAUAGAUUUUUGUUCCUUGCGCUUAACGGUUUUUAAAUGUGCCAAUAAUUUUAGUUAUCUACUUUCCUCAAAACAUUCAAUGAGGAAUACUAUCAAGUAUUUGGUGAAAUUGAUCAUAUUUUAUUAAUUUAUUCCCAGAACUGUUAAUACUGUCAAAUAUAAAGACCAAAAUCAUAAUUGAAUACAAAGUAUGUUGUAUUAGGGGCACUCAGGUUUUUAAAAUUGAAAAAGGACCUUAACCUAAACUAUGUUUUCUGUAUUUUAAAGGAUUUACUGUUUCACUGAAAAGUGGAAGAUUUCAGAUUGAAAUUGAUGCAUCUAGUAUAGGAAAAUCAGUUUAUUUCAGACUAUACUAGUAGUAACAAACAGCCCCUGUAGACCAGGGGUUAGCUGUUUUCUCAAAAUUUAGCAAGGAGCAUGGUUAAGACUGCUGAGUACCUUCUAUUUCUCUAUAGCAAAGCAAAACUGCCUAGCUUAUGUAACAGUGAAACAUGUAGAACCAUUAACCUUGAGCCAAAGUGAAGCCAUUGUACUAAAAGGGAUAUUGUUUUAAAAUUAUUUUUAAAAACAUUCAAUAUAGUUGAGGGUCAAAGAUAAUUUAAUCAGUUUACUGUCUCCUGGUUACAGAUCCAGUAUAUUGGCAUUUGCAACAACUUUAGUUCACUUGUCUUUUUAAGCUGUUUCAGUAUCAGUUGAACACGUAUAAGUUGUCCAAAUUGUGUUGUGCAUCCAGGUAAAUUUUUACUUAGCCCAUCAAAGACGGAAAAGAUUUUGGCUUUCAUAGAAGGUGUCCUUUAUGAAGAUGUCCUUUACCACCCAGAAUCCUCAGGAGCAUUAUUUUUAUUCACAGGUUAGUGUAGCUUGUUUCUGAAUGCCAUAUCUUAGUUUCAGAAGUCCAUUCUCUUUUGAUGCUUUGUAGUAUGUGACUCACAAUUUAUCUAUUCUAUUAAUGACCAUUUGAAUUAUUUCUAGGUGGCUGUUUAUUAUGAAUGAUGCUGCUUAAAACUUUCCUUUUUGGUUGCUAGAAGCUGGGAUGAGGGGAUGAGGGAGGAGUGGGGAGUUAGUAUUACUUUUUGUUUUAUGGUGCAGGGGACUGAACCCAGGACCUUACACAUGCAAGGCAUGGGUUCUACUGCAGCCAUAUCCAUGCCUUUGGGACACUGUUUCUUUUGGGCUGGAACUGCUGUCACAAGGUGUAUUUGUUUACCUUUAAUAAAUACUGCCA